AUGUCACACCUCGACUUCGAGCUUAUUUUUGUUGUCUCAAAGUUUUUCACAUACGCUCAAGAUUUCGUCCAUCUCCAGAUGGUCUGCAAAGAGUAUUUCCAUCUUCCAGAAAAGUAUCGUUACAACCCAAUUGCCCUCACAAAGAAAACGAGAAAGCUAUUUCCUAAAAUACAAACACUGAACAUUUACAACCCUUCUGAUGAGAAAUUUAAAGAUGGGUUGAUCACUAAAAUAGUCUUGUGUUACCCAGUGAGUUAUUCGAGUUCAAAAAAAGAAAAAAGGUGUGAAAUGCAGUCAGUCCAAUACACAUCAGAAGACCGUUUAAAAUUACACAGCAAAAUACCAGAAGAUGUCGAAGUGAUAGGUUCCGAGUCUUUUAAAGAGUGCAAGACGCUCCAUUCUAUUACUAUUCCAAACACGAUCUCUGCUCUGGGAGAGUCGUCCUUUUAUGAAUGUCCAAGUCUGACUGGGAUCACUGCUUCUAAUGCAUUGCACUCGCUUCCACAACAAUGUUUUGCGAAGUGUUCAAAUCUUUCUUCUGUGAGACUCUCAACCAGUUUGUCUUCACUUGGGAAGCGGUGCUUUUCACAGUGCACCUCACUCUUUGAUAUCUACAUACCAGACAGUAUCAUUGCAUUUGGCGACUUGUGUUUUUUUCUAUGCAGUAACUUAAAAAAGAUUUCGAUAUCACAUGUGAGUUAUUUGGGCCAUUCUUGUUUCAUGUGGUGUAACAAUUUGUCACAGAUCAGUCUCUCAAACAAAAUGGCCUUUUUGCCUGAAGACUGUUUCUCCAAUUGCACUUCACUCCAGAAAAUAGACAUCCCAAACACUGUAUCUUCUCUGGGAAUGCGGUGCUUUGAUAAUUGUGUUUCACUCACUAAAAUUAAGCCAAACACUUCACUUAAAAUGAUUGGGCAGUCUUGUUUUAGAGACUGUACUUUACUAAAAACAUUUGACAUUCCAUCUUCAGUCACUUGUAUUGGAGACUUCUGUUUUAAAGGGUGUUCUUCACUGACUAACAUCGCUACAGUCAACGAAAACAUCGUCGCCUGUGGUGGGAGAGCUAUUUUUGUCAAUUCAAAUGCAUUGGUAUCUAUCGAACUUAAUUACCUCAACUUCACUUUAAACAACAAAGUCCUUUCACAUUACAAAAAUGUUGACGAGUUUGUUGUCCCAUCGGUAGUGAGUUCGUUAGCUGGGUCCUGUUUCUCACGAUGUAACAAUUUGACGAAGAUAUCAAUCCCAUCCUCAGUGAAAGAGAUUGGGAAGUUCUGUUUCUAUCAAUGUGUCUCCCUCACAAACGUGUCGCUCCAGAACAAAUCCAUUUCAUUUGGCGAAGGAAGCUUCUUCGGCUGCAAUUAUCUCAAGACUAACACACAAAUACCAAAGUCGGCUUUCUUGUAA